GCGCCUGCUCGCCCCACCUGAGCUCAGGAGGGGCCAGAGCCGAGCGCGGGGCCCGCCUCCUGUCUCAGGAGCGCUCGCGCGAGCCAGCGGAGGAGGAGAGCGGGUGCCGGGCUUCUUCCCGCAGGAGUCCCCAGCAUGGUUGACUAUAUUGUGGAGUAUGAUUAUGAUGCUGUGCAUGAUGAUGAAUUAACUAUUCGAGUUGGGGAAAUCAUCAGAAAUGUGAAAAAACUACAGGAGGAAGGAUGGCUAGAAGGAGAACUAAAUGGGAGAAGGGGAAUGUUUCCUGAUAAUUUUGUUAAGGAAAUUAAACGAGACACAGAUUCCAAGGAUGACAAUUUGCCCAUCAAACGGGAAAGGCAUGGAAAUGUAGCAAGUCUUGUGCAACGAAUAAGUACCUAUGGACUUCCAGCCGGAGGAAUUCAGCCACAUCCACAAACCAAAAACAUCAAGAAGAUCUUCGGCGGACACAACGUCUUUAUAUGUGGUGCUGAGGAUCGAACCCCGGCCGCACACAUGCCAGAGACCAAGAAAAGGCAGUGUAAAGUUCUUUUUGAGUACAUUCCACAAAAUGAGGAUGAACUGGAGCUGAAAGUGGGAGAUAUUAUUGAUAUUAAUGAAGAGGUAGAAGAAGGUUGGUGGAGUGGAACCCUGAACAACAAGUUGGGACUGUUUCCCUCAAACUUUGUGAAAGAAUUUGAAGUGACAGAUGAUGGUGAAACUCAUGAAACUCAAGAGGAUUCAGAAACUGUUUUGCCUGGGCCUACCUCACCCUUACCCUCUCCAGGGAAUGGGAAUGAAACUGCAUCUGGAUCAAUUGCUCAGCCAAAGAAAAUUAGAGGAAUUGGAUUUGGAGAUAUUUUUAAAGAAGGCUCCGUGAAACUUAGGACAAGAAUAUCCAGUAGUGAAACAGAAGAGAAAAAAACAGAAAAGCCCUUAACCAUACAGUCAAUAGGAUCCAAAACAAGUGUGGAGAUAACAAAAACAGAAACUGAAGGUAAAAUUAAAGCUAAAGAAUACUGUAGAACAUUAUUUGCCUAUGAAGGUACCAAUGAAGACGAACUUUCUUUUAAAGAAGGGGAAAUAAUCCAUUUGAUAAGUAAGGAGACUGGAGAAGCUGGGUGGUGGAAGGGUGAACUUAAUGGUAAAGAAGGAGUAUUUCCAGACAAUUUUGCUGUUCAGAUAAAUGAACUGGAUAAGGACUUUCCAAAUAAAGUAAGGCUGAGCCAUGCAUCAAUGACUAAGAAACCAAAGAAACCACCACCUCCUGCUAAGGGUCCAGCUCCAAAGCCUGAUCUCUUAGCUACAGAGAAGAAGUUUUUUCCUAUGAAGCCAGAAGAAAAAGAUGAAAAAACACUGGAACAGAAACCUUCUAAACCAGCUGCUCCACAGGUCCCACCCAAGAAGCCUUCUCCACCCACCAAAGCCAAUAAUUUAUUAAGAUCUCCUGGAACAGUUUACCCAAAGCGACCUGAAAAACCAGUUCCCCCACCACCUCCUGUAGCCAAGAUCAAUGGAGAAGUUUCUACCGUUUCAUCAAAAUUUGAAACUGAGCCAGUAUCCAAACCAAAGCCCGAAUCCGAACAGUUACCACCUAGACCAAAAUCAGUGGACCUUGAUUCAUUUAUAGCAAGAAGUUCUAAAGAAACAGAUGUUGUAAAUUUUGAUGACAUAGCUUCCUCAGAAAACUUGUUACAUCUCACUGCAAAUAGACCGAAGAUGCCUGGAAGAAGACUGCCUGGUCGCUUCAAUGGUGGACAUUCUCCAACUCAAAGCCCAGAAAAAACUUCGAAGUUAUCAAAAGAAGAAGAUAGUGCCAACCUAAAGCCAUCUGAAUUUAAAAAGGAUACAUUCUACGUUCCAAAGCCAUCUGUCUACCUUUCAACACCUUCAAAUACUUCUAAAGCAAAUACAUCUGCCUUCCUAACUCCAUUAGAAAUAAAAUCUAAAGUAGAAACAGAUGAUGGCAAAAAAAAUUCCCUAGAUGAACUUCGCGCCCAGAUUAUUGAAUUGCUGUGUAGUGUAGAAGCACUGAAAAAGGAUCAUGGGAAAGAACUGGAAAAACUGAGAAAAGAUUUGGAAGAAGAGAAGGCCUUGAGAAGUAAUCUAGAGAUGGAAAUAGAGAAACUGAAAAAAGCUGUCCUGUCUUCUUGAAGUGUUCCAGGGAUUCAGAUGCAACAAUAUGAACUUCCAUCGACUUGUUACUUAAAAAUAACAAAUGUUGAUGUUGUGAUAAUGAAAUAUGAGUAUAUGAACUAUAUUAUCUAUUAAAAAGUUAGGGGGUGGGUGUUUUUUUAAUAUAUAUAUAUAUAUAUAUAUAUAUAUAUAUUUAGUUUUGCCAAUAUGAAAAAAAAAGAGGCCUUAUUUCUUACUGUGCUGGGAUUGCAAACAUUAUUUUUGUUUGUUUGCUUGAAAAUACUACUGAAUCUGUAUAAAAAGGAAAGAAAGUUCAUAAUUUUUUUAUUGAAACUUGUAGUAUUAUUUUUAAAGAGAUCUAUACUAUAAAUAUGGUGAUAUCUUUACAAGUAAUCUGUAAGAUAAACUAUUUGAGAGCGACAGAUUAGCUUUAUAGUAACUAUAGUCACUACUUUUCCCAUGAUACAUUAAGGGAUAUAAACUUUGUAAAUAUAUACAUAUUUUUACUUUUAGCUUCUUACCCAAGAUUACACUGUUGUGCCUGUUUGUCUGCAGUGCUGUUUUUAAUUUGGGUGAUGAAAUAGGAGUUUCCUAGCUAUAAAUCAGAUUACUCACCCAUGCAUACAGUAAUAACUAAUGAAAUAAUAAAAACAGUUUCAACUUUGAGUGUUUUAUAUUGCUUGCACUAUAGGAUUCAUAAAAGGAAUUUAGUUAAAAUGUAAUGGAUUGUUAAACAUGAGCUUUAUUAUAAGUUCAUUAGUUCUAAGGAAUCUAAAAACAUCAAUUUAAUCCUUUACUUGUGCCUAGAAACUACAGCACAUAUGAAAUAGUUAACACCAGCCUUAUUGCUGUACUUUCCUGCUUGUUUUACAGUCUCAAAAAUUUCAUUAUCUUUAGUUCUUCAUACUCUUCCCUCUGACUUUUAAUAAUGUAAUAUUAGGAAAACAAAAUCCAAAUCUUUUCAGAACCUCAUGUAAGGCUUCAUACUGGGACAAGUUGUCAUUAUGUAAAUACUCAGGUUUUACAGUAUAUAAUUUACAUAAUAGGCCAAACUAACUCCUGGAGAUAUUUUGGAAUGUUAUUUAGAUUAAAAGUUUAGAAAGGGUGUUAGUAUAUCAUAAAAUAUAAUAUUACAGCUUAUUUAAACCAAAUAUAGUUGAUCAUAUUGAAAACCAGAUUUUCACAGAAUAGGUGAAUCAGCAAUUUCUUCAGAGUCAUUUAUGAACAGUUGAACAUUUCAGAAUGUUAUAUUCUAUACAUAAUAUGUCUAAAAACUUAUAGGUUUAUUUAAAAUUUUGAAAUUUUUCAUUUGAAAAAAAAAAAAGGCAUCCAGCUGUACUAUAGGAAAUGAUUUUGAGUACCAAGUUAUCAUGCUUCCAUUUUUUUUUUUUUUUUUUUUUUUUUUUAAACCACCCAAUGUUUUUUCUUUACAUUUUUUUAAUCUCAAAAGUAUGGAAAUCUUGUGUAAAUGAAAUUCUUACUGUUUAAAAAAGAUAUAAAAAGAACUGAAGUAGAAAAUAAUAGAAAUGCCAAUACACAAUUACUUAAUAUUUAAGUCACAAUGUUUGGGCUUUGGAGGAAAUUUAAUUUUGCUUUUUGAGUGUGUACAUUUUAACUAUUUAAUGUCUUUGGGCUCUUCUAAUGAGAUCACUACUGAACAAAAUUGUUCCUUUUUGUUUUUAAAUGAUUAGUCAAAUGAAUGAUUGCCUUGUUAAAUAAAUUAUAUCAUCAAUUAAUGACAGUCUUUAGGUAAAAAUAAAAAUAUUGCAUCCUAGAUACCAUAUCUUCCAGCUUUCUCAUUGGAAGAUGUACUAAGUUAUCCCUACCUACCAUAACAAUGAGGUGAGAGAAGGUUCCAGCAGAUUUCAGGUUAUUCAUGAAGGUUUUUUGGUCAUUUUUCUGUAGUAUAUUUGACUUUCCUACUUCUCAGAAUAUAAAACUCAUUGAAGUUCUCUCUGCUUUUCUACCCUUGACAAAAUGUAAGGAAAACCAAGCAAGCUUGAAAUUAAGGGGGAAACGAUUCCUUUAUCAUAGUUUACCAGUAUUUGCUCUUGAUAUGAAGACUUUCCUAAAUUUCAUGUCACAAAAUGGUAUGUAAUAGUAAUAGCUUUUAUUGGAGGUGAAACAUUAGUUCCCACCCUCCACUCCCUAUUUGUGAGUAUAAAUGACAGAAAAGAUGAGUCUGUUGUUGCCAAAUUAUUAGUGAAUGUAUAGUUCAGGUUUGCUAUGCUUUGAAACACAUAAUACUAAUUUUCUAAUUGUAUCCAAUGUUACUUUUUUGUGUUGUGACCACUAAGCUUCUGUCUUAUAAGCUGUUACCUCUACAGAAUUUUAUAGAACUUUACUGAAAAGUCUAAAGAUGCAGAGAGAGAAUGGGUCUUGUGGAACCAGAGGAUCCCUUUUUUUUUUUUUUCUUUUUAAAAUUAGCUCCUUACUGUGAUUACAGGGGGGAAAAAAUUCAAGUGCUCUGUAAGUUUUUUGGUAAAUUUUUUAUGCUUGCAUUUAAACUUGAAAUGUAUGAGCAGAAUGAGACAAUCAGUUAAAAUCCAAAAUGAGAAGUGUUAUAAUUGAAUGGCCUUGUUUUGCUGUAGCAAUAAAAUGACCAAGUGCAAUGACUUAAUAAAAUCAUCUUUUUAAAGUUGCUGCUAUGAAUAUUUUUAGCUAUAAAAUUUUAUCCUUGUUUUAGCCUGACUUGCCUUCAAUAACUAUUAUGUAAUGUGGUUGCUGUUGUAAUCUAACAUUCCAAAACACACACAUACAACACACACACACACACACAAACACACACACACACGAGGAAUCUCAGAAUAGUAUAUUUACUGACUUGUUUACAAGUGUUGUAAAAAAAAAAGGAUGCUUUUUCCUCAAAAUAAAACUCAAUAAUAAAAGAAUCGUAUCGCUA